CGCAUGUGUGACGUCACUUUUGCGCGACCCUUAAUUUUGGCUUAGCGUUUUCUGGUUGCCGCUCUGAAGUAUGCCUAAAGUAGUGUCGCGGUCCGUCGUCUGCUCUGACACCCGGGACCGGGAGGAAUAUGACGACGGCGAGAAGCCACUUCACGUCUACUACUGUUUGUGCGGCCAGAUGGUCCUGGUGCUGGACUGUCAGUUAGAGAAGUUGCCCAUGAGGCCCCGGGACCGGUCCCGUGUGAUUGAUGGUGCCAAACACGCUCACAAGUUUUGUAACACCGAAGACGAAGAGACUAUAUAUCUUCGGAGACCGGAAGGCAUUGAACGACAGUACAGGAAGAAAUGUGCAAAGUGUGGGCUGCCGCUCUUCUACCAGUCCCAGCCCAAGAAUGCUCCUGUGACCUUCAUUGUGGAUGGAGCAGUGGUCAAGUUUGGCCAGGGUUUUGGGAAAACAAACAUAUACACUCAGAAACAAGAGCCUCCUAAGAAGGUGAUGAUGACCAAGCGGACUAAAGACAUGGGAAAGUUCAGCUCUGUGACUGUGUCUACUAUUGAUGAAGAAGAAGAAGAGAUUGAGGCUAGAGAAGUUGCUGACUCGUAUGCGCAGAAUGCCAAGGUGAUUGAAAAGCAGCUGGAGCGCAAAGGCAUGAGCAAGAGGCGCCUGCAGGAGCUGGCUGAACUGGAAGCCAAGAAAGCAAAAAUGAAGGGAACCUUGAUUGACAACCAGUUCAAAUGAUCAGGACCUUUCUGUGGACCCAGGCUGGAGGCAAGCAUUUAAGAUCAGGAUGAAAAUGAGUGUUUUCUUGACUACAUGGACUUAUGCUCCUUUAUGCUCCAGCAGAAAGCUUUACGUGGCUUUCCAGUGAUUAUCCUACAUUCAGUGAGGUCUUUGAGUCCAUCUGACCUGAUUUCUAGUGACAGAUUUUUCUCAGUCUUUCUGUAUUUAUGUCUUCUGUACUAUUUUUUGUUCAUUUGAUGUAAACUUCUUCAUCUGUGUAGAAGAAGCUCUAUGAAUAGAUCAAUGCUUGUGUGUCUCUAGUUUCUGAAGGAGCUGUUCUUAUUCCUUCUUCAAAGUUAAUAAAAUGUUUAAAGAUUUUUGAAAAAA